UCUACACUGAAGUGUAGAAUUCUGUGGUUACCCCCUUUUUCGUGUCGCGUGAAAGCGCCAAACAUAAUAAAUUAUUAAGUUAUUAUUAUGUAGGCCUAGAUCUAGAUGUAUGCCUAACGAGGGAGGGAGACUUAACAGCGACUUUCAAUGUUUCGGUUCACUGAAGUGCGACAUUUAUCUCUAGAUUCCCGAGGCGAAACCUUAGGAGGCCUACCAACCCGAGUUUAAUCUGAAACAAUUUUCUUAGAAACCGACACCUGGCCUGAAUGAGUCUUGAACUAUUUGAUCUUUGAACUUUGAACCUAUGGUUCAUGACUGUUGACCGAUGGCCGAGAAUGACCGAUGACCCUGCACUGUGUUCUCAGUUCUCGCUUACUCGCUUCGCUUACAGUAGUAACAGUCCUUUGAGAGUUACAUUGUUAUAAGCAUCGUUCCCAUCCUGUAAAGCACAAUGGGAGUAGAGGUUGUAGUGGUCGGAGCUGGCAUAAUAGGUCUGUCAACUGCAGUGGCCAUCCAGCAACGGACCCCAUCAGUGAGAGUGACGAUUGUUGCAGACAAGUUUGGUCGAGAUACAACGAGCAUUGGAGCCGGUGGCAUCUUUGCGCCCACAGCAGUCGGGAUUGAUGAGAAAACUUCCCACUUGUGGGCCAGUGAAGGAGCAAAGCAUUUCUUUGACUUGGGAUUCUCUGCUGAAAGCGGGACCAGUGGAGUCAAUCUGAUCACUGGGUUUGAGCUCAUGAAUACAGACAAGAAAAAGCCAUGGUUCCAGUACAUGCCAUUUGUGGCCAAAAUGACCCCAGAGCUUCUCCAGCGCUUUGCACCAUAUUACAAAUAUGGGUUUGUCUAUACUACAGUGAUUGUAGAAGGACCAAAAUACCUGCCUUGGCUCAUGAAAAGAUUCAAGGAAAAUGGUGGUAAAGUUGUGGAGCAAAAGAUCAGCUCUUUUGAAGAGCUGAGUGGUGUCUAUGAUCUUGUUGUGAACUGCACUGGCUUGGGCAGCAGAGGGCUCGCAUCUGACACAGAUCUGCACCCUGUCAGAGGACAAUUGAUCCGUCUGACAGCUCCCUGGAUUAAACAUUUUGUGCAUACGGAUGAUAGUAAAUACAUCAUGCCUGCAUCAGAGACUGUGGCUGUGGGAGGAGAGAAGCAACCAAACAGAACAGAUAUGGCCCCGCUGGCGUCUGACCACCAUGCAGCCUGGAACAGUUUGAGGGACAGAUUCCCUGCCCUUGAGGGAAGCAAAGUGUUAUAUGACUGGGUAGGCCUUCGCCCUCAAAGAUCAAAGGUCAGGCUGGAAAAGGAAAUGUUAAAUUUCAAUGGCAAACGCUUGCAGGUUAUCCAUAACUAUGGCCACGGAGCAUUUGGCAUCAGUCUGAGCUGGGGCACAGCAGUUCAUGUGUCAAAACUUGUUGAGGAUAUAGUACGCCCUGUAUCAAAACUGUGAAAGAACUUAAUUGUUCUUUCCAAAUUUUUUGUUUUUGUUUUCUGGAGUUGUCACCUCUGGCUCAGAGAUUGACGUGCAAUGACUCACCAGUACCUGUAGUCACAAGCUGCUGUUAUCUGUCCCCGGGGGUUUAUGCACCCAGCAUAAUUUAGCAAAA